AUGACAGUGGGCGGUGGGCUCAUCCAAGCAACAGACACGUCACUAACACUGAAAGGGGAUGAUGGCUCCGACAUUAGGUUAGCGGUUCUUAAGAAGCCCAUACCUAUUGAUAAUCUAGUGUACGAACAAGUAGCUGACGAUACAGAAACGGUUCAAAUAGACGAAGAGAAUGAAAUAGGCAAAACAAUCGAUAAGAACUCGGAAGAGGACCUCGAUAAUUCGCCUAACGAAAAACCAAAUUUAACGUUUUUAAAGGUUCCGAUUUGUUUAGAUGACAUCGGUGACGGAAAAGAAUUGCCUUUGUUAAGCGCGAAGCCAUUAAAAGCGGGAAAUAUAGGGUGCAGAUCAUCUCGUAGGUGCACGAAUCCAGACAGUCAGCCCGGGCAGUUGAAUGCUAUUACACUCUUCGAGUUUGCUUAUGUCUAUCCGUUUGUGUAUGCGGGCAACAAAUUUAAGUGCUUUGUGUGCUCCAAGUCGUUUGUUGAUGCGAACGCUUUUAGAGAGCAUUCUUUAAAUGAGCAUUCCAUAGAGGAACUGAAGGAAGAGAUGAAUAAAAAGGUUCGCGACAAGACUCUGAAAGUAGACGUGGUGCAGUUGCAAUGCAAACUGUGCAACGAAACUUCCACAACCUUGGGCAGCCUUAAAGUACAUCUCAGAGAUCACGGGAAACAGAUUGAUCCAGGCUGUCAGGACAAUAUUAUACCCUUUAAACUCGGCGAUGACACGUUCGAUUGUCAGGUUUGUGGAGAGAGUUUUCAGAGGUUGCGUCUUCUAAUAAUACACAUGAGCAAACACUUUAACAACUACAAUUGUGAGAUUUGCGGCAGCGUGUUCGUCUCCUUGAUUUCGCUCAAGAGGCAUCAGCAGACCCACAAAGCCGGUAGCUACCCGUGUGAGAAGUGCAACAAAGUCUUCACCAAUUCAGCAAAACGGAUCAGUCACAUCAAGGGCGUCCAUUUAAAGAAGUACACUAGAAUCUGUCCCCUUUGCCCUGAACGCUUCAACUCCAACUACCAACGCACCAAACACUUGAGGGUUGUUCACAAUCAGACUAACAUGUUUAAAUGCGAGAAAUGUGGCCGUCAGUACGAUCUGAAGUACCACUUGUUACUGCACAUGAGAUCUGUUCACUUGCAGGAGCGGAACUACGAGUGUGGGAUAUGCCAUUCGCGAUUCUUCACUAAAUACUGUCUCUCGAGGCAUAUGGUUGUACACACGGGCGACAAGAAAUUCAAAUGCGAAGUUUGUGGAAAAGUUUACGCUAAGAAGAAGAGUCUUCAAGAGCACCUGAUGUUCCAUGAACUAUUACAAAGCUCCUGCGCCGUAGCACAUUCAUCGAAUACGCAACAU